GUUACCUUUGACAUAGAUUUGUACCUGCCACCGAGGAGCGAGCAGCUAGAAGGGUCCAAGAUGAACAGAGCGUUCAACAAAACGAGUCUGAGACAGUUGACUAGUGUCCUCCAAAGGUUUCAAAGCACCUUGGUGGUUGCGGAGCACAACAAUGAAAAACUAAUCCCAAUUACACUCAAUGCCAUCACUGCUGCCAGUAAGCUGGGGGGUGAUGUGACUUGUCUGGUUGCUGGAACAAACUGUGCACAGGUUGUAGAGCAAAUCCGUAAAGUACAAGGUGUGAAGAAGGUUCUGGUUGCUCAACAUGAUUCUUACAAAGGUUCCCUGCCAGAGGAGUUGACUCCCCUUAUCCUGGAAACUCAAAAGCAAUUCAAUUUCACCCACAUCUGUGCUGGUGCAUCUGCCUUUGGGAAGAACCUGCUUCCCAGAGUGGCUGCCAAGUUGGAUGUUGCUCCAAUUUCAGAUAUUAUUGAGAUCAAGUCUCCAGACACUUUUGUCAGAACAAUUUAUGCUGGAAAUGCUCUCAGCACAGUGAAAUGUAAUGAGUCGGUCAAGAUCUUCACGGUCAGAGGGACAUCCUUUGAGGCGGCUGAAACGGAGGGAGGAAGUGCUGCACUAGAAGAGGUUGCUGCCUCGUCUCCUGCUGGAGUUUCUGAGUGGCUGGAACAGAGUCUGACAAAGAACGACCGCCCAGAGCUGACCAGCGCUAAAAUUGUGGUGUCAGGAGGAAGAGGCUUGAAGAGUGGAGAGAACUUCAAGCUGCUCUAUGACCUUGCUGAGAAGAUGAAUGCGGCAGUUGGUGCAUCCAGGGCAGCCGUGGAUGCUGGCUAUGUCCCCAAUGACAUGCAAGUUGGACAGACGGGCAAGAUUGUAGCACCGGAGUUGUACAUAGCUGUCGGUAUCUCUGGAGCUAUUCAACACCUGGCUGGAAUGAAAGAUAGCAAGACUAUUGUUGCUAUCAACAAGGACCCAGAGGCUCCGAUUUUCCAGGUGGCUGACUACGGCUUGGUCGCUGAUCUUUUUAAGGCUGUUCCUGAGAUGAUUAAAGCUCUGGACCAGUGAGGAGAAACCAAGGCUCACAGAGCCACCGCCUUAACCAAUCUCUGAAGCUGUAUGUGUUUACAUGCUGACUGGAAAUGGAAGAUCUUCUCAUUUUAAAAAUAAAGCCCAUUGUUUAAAACACAAAUUGCAUACAGCAUUUGAUAUGUGUACAUUUGUAUUUAAUUUCCUGGUUCAGCAAAGGGUAUCUCUGGGAAGGCCUGACUUGUCUCUGACCUCGUUGACUGUAAGAUGUAGCUCUUUAAUGCUAACUCAGAGGAUGUGGACUCACUGAGAUGCUCUUGGAAAAUAAUGUAUUAAAUUGACAACUAAUAACAA